UAAAAUAGCUGUCACUAACCCACUUCAUAUUAAACCUCUUCCUUCUUCCUUCAUAACACAUUUUUUCUGAAGAAAAAAAAAUGGUGAAGAUGAAGAAAUUUCAGGUGAAAUUAGAAAAUUUGAAGCUUUUGGGAUAUGGUAAAGAGAAUGAAAGAAUCGCCAUUGAAAUCAAAUGGAAAGGUCCUCAAAGACAUUCCCUUUUACCUGUUCCAUUCUAUGCAAAAUCCCCUCUUCAAACAAACCGCACCACCGCCCAACGUGUCUUAAGCAACCACCAUCAAACCGUUCAAUGGAAUCACGAAUUCCAUAGCAUGUGUGAAUUCGAAUUCCCCCAUGAUGAUGCUUCUUCCAUUCCCUUCUGGGACACCAAAUUCUACGUUUUACUCGAAGAAGAACCCACAAAAUCCAAGACGAAAUCCUCUGUUUUAGGGAAGGCGUCGCUAAAUUUAGCAGAGAUGCUAUCGGCAAUGGAGACGAAAAUGGAGAGAAAUGUUCCCAUCGUGUUGAAGGAUUCUGCAGGAGCGGCUCCUCAUCAUGCUACGAUUUCUGUAUGUGUGAAUUUUGUGGAGGUCAGAGACGGGCCGGACCCGAUUCAGCAGGAGGACAAGGAGGGAUUUUUGAAAACUUUGAAGGAUUUAACGAGUUUCAAGAAAAAGAAUAGAGAGAAGGGUAAAGUGAUCUCAUCGGACGGUGAAAACAGGGGUUUGGGGGAUUCAACAACAGGGGAGGAAGAUGGGGAUCACAAACAGGGGAAAUCGUUGACCAAGAAGAGACGGCUGAGUUUCAGUUUUAGACAUUCGAGAAGGAAAGUGGAGCCGUGGUUGGAGAAGACAAACACGGCGGUCAACGACGGGGUUACCGUUGACCGACAGCGACACGACAAUGGUGCCUCCGUGUUCAAUGUCGCCCCCAUUUCAACUACUUCCCAAAUGGAGAAAGCAGAAAGCACAGAGUUUUCUUUAGAAACCAAUAUCCAAUACAAAGAAGCCAGCGGAGGGAGGUGGGAAACUAGAGAAAUAGUAAGCAGAGAUGGCAAGUUAAAGCUGAAAACAGAGGUAUUCUUUGGCUCCUUUGACCAGCGGAGCGAGAAGGCCGGUGGUGAGAGUGCCUGCACAGCAAUAGUCGCUGUGAUCGCCCAUUGGCUGCACUCGAACUACGGCGUCAUGCCUACACAACUGGAGCUUGACAACCUCAUAAUGGAAGGUUCAUCAGAAUGGCAAAAGCUUUGCAACAAUGAAUGCUACUCCAACUCUUUCCCAAACAAACAUUUUGACCUUGAGACCGUCGUGCAAGCUGAUGUUGGACCGAUUACUGUCUCAGCGGAAAAUUCCUUCGUAGGGUUCUUCAGCCCAGAGAAAUUCAACUGCUUGACAGAAGCAAUGUCGUUCGAGCAAAUAUGGAAUGAGGUCAAUACAAAAACAUUUUCAAAUUAUGAAUCGAGAAUUUACAUUGUGAGUUGGAAUGACCAUUUCUUUGUGUUGAAGAUGGAUGAAAAUGCUUGCUACAUCAUUGAUUCGCUGGGUGAACGGCUGUUUGAGGGGUGUAAUCAAGCUUACAUUUUGAAGUUCGAUAGCUCAAGUUUGAUGUUCGAGAACCAAGAGAAAGGAGAGGUUGGGGAAUUGGUUUGCAGGGGAAAAGAGUGUUGCAGAGAGUUUUUUGAAAGGUUUCUAGCAGCCAUAACCAUUGAAGAGCUGGAAGAAGAGCAAAAGAAGUUGGGUAGUUGUAAUUUUAUACCCCAUCAAAGGUUACAGAUUGACUUCCAUUUUAGCAGCCCUGUUGCUUCAUCCUCAUCCUCAUCAACUUCCCCUUCCUCUCUUUUCUUUGAUCAAGACUCUGCAUAAACCAGAAGCCAACUGAAUGAUUCUAUUCCUUGGCAUAGUGUAAAGCUUCUCUAAGAUUUUCUUCUUGAUGUAAAUAGAACUCUGAUAGAUGGAUUGGGACUAUUAUGAAAAACAACCUUUUGACCUUGAA